AUGGAAGAAGUAGCAGUGGUAAUGUGGAGAAUCUGGCUAAGAAGGAACCAGCUCAUUUUUGAAAACAGUUUUAUGCCACCUAAGCAUCUUAUCAAUAUAGCAAGAGAGCAGCUCAGAGAAUUUCAGAUGGCCCAAGUUGUGGUAGAACACCCAAAUCCUAUUAGAGGUCUGUUGGGACAAGUUGGAUGGGUUAAACCUACUGCAGGGAGUGUGAAAGUCAACUGGGAUGCAGCUCUAGAUCAAAAAAAAGGAAAAGCAGGUUUUGGGAUUGUUAUAAGGGAUGAAAAGGGAGAGAUUCUCACGGCAUGUUGUGAUCAGAGACCUCAUGUUCAAGUUCCAGCUAUGGCUGAAUGUUUAGCUCUAUGGAAAGCCUUGGAAUUGUGUAGAGACCUUGGUUUCUGCCGAGUCUGGUUUGAAGGUGAUGCUCAGACAAUAGUCAAAGCUGUUAAUGAGGAGAUGCCAGAUUUCCCAUGUUAUGGAAGCAUUGUGUUAGACGUGAAGAAGCUGUUAGAGCAAAAGGUGGGGUGGAAGAUUCAGUACAUACACAGAAGUUCUAAUGGAGCUGCACAUAGUUUAGCUAAGGAGGCUCUAAAGUUAGACACAGAGGUUAUAUGGAUGGAAGAAACACCAGCUUGUAUAGCCGAAUGCAUAGAGAUUGAAAAAAGAUGUGAGAAAGCUUACGAAGAUGUUGCUAGUGGGGAUGCUAAUCCGAGGAAUGACAAGGAUAUUGAGGCUUGA